AUGAAAGGUAGGAAAAGUAGACAGACCCACAACGGCCAAGAAGAUGACAUCGAGAAGGUGUCUUGUCACGUGAAGAUCAUCCUCUUUUCCAUGUUGGGUAACGGCGACGACCUUCAAGAUGAUUUUGUUCCAGAUGCUAACUUAGAGGAGGAGGAGGAAGAGAGCCUGGAGGAAUCAGAAUACGGUGUUAAUCAGAAUCAACCUGGAUCCACAGCAGAGUCAUCGGAUGCAAAGAAGCGCAAACGAUUACGGGAAAGGGAGAAAUUUAAAAAAAGAAGAAAACUUGCGUCUGGUGCCAACGAGGAAGUUGACCUGGAGCAUUCAGACGCCGAACAAUCGCCUCACGAGCUUGCAGAAUAUCUAGCAGUCCUUCAAGCCAAGGCACUGAACAAGCUUCCCCUUGAACUCGACGAUCUCCUUAUACCUCCCACCUCUAUUGCUGACACAACAAUGUGGUCCAGCUCGAGAACAUUGGACAAUUUUAUCGACUUUGUCGGCAAAGUCUUGCCAAGUCUCCGGUUACGCCUCUCUCAACGAUCAAAAACGAAUGGCUCUCCGACUUUAUUGUUUGUUGCAGGAGCAGCGCUUCGAGUGGUAGACGUAACGAGGGUGCUCAAAGACAAAAAGUUGCGUGGGGACAAAGGCGGAGAAGUUGCGAAACUGUUCGCCAAACACUUCAAGUUGUCGGAACACAUUUCAUAUCUGCGGCGAACCAAAAUUGGUUCAGCUGUUGGAACUCCCGGCAGAAUAGGCAAAUUGUUGGAAGCGGAUGCCCUCUCGGUCUCCCAACUAACGCACAUUAUUCUCGAUGUGACUUUCCGAGAUGCCAAAAAACGCAACAUGCUAGACAUUCCAGAAACCAGGGAGGAGGUUUUCAAGACAGUUCUGGGUGCACCAAAGGUGUUGGAAGGGAUUCGCAGUGGUAAAAUCCAGGUUGUGUUGCUGUGA